AUGAUCAAGAUAUGGAGUAUGAAGAAGAAUGAAGACGCAGCAACGAAGAGAAGGCCCAAGACAAGUGCUGCACAGAUACGAGUGCAGAAGGAUCUGACCGAACUUGACCUCCCUUCCACCAUGAAGACUGACUUCCCGGACCCUAACGACCUCCUGAACUUCACUCUCACCAUCACCCCUGAUGAAGGCAUGUACAAGGGUGGUGCUUUCAAUUUCUCUUUCACCAUCAAUACCAACUACCCACACGAGCCACCCAAGGUCAAGUGCAUGCAAACAAUAUACCAUCCGAACGUUGACCUCGAGGGAAACGUGUGUUUGAACAUCCUCCGAGAAGAUUGGAAACCUGUUCUAAAUCUGAACUCCGUCAUGGUCGGCCUACAAUAUCUUUUCUUGGAGCCUAAUGCGGACGAUCCAUUGAACAAGGAGGCAGCAGAAGAACUACGGAAGAAUCGCGAACAAUUCCUGCACAAUGUUAAGACAUCCAUGCGCGGUGGUAAUAUCAAGGGCGUGUCAUAUCACAAGGUCCUUGUAUGA